AAUCGACCCACGCAUAUACUACUCUCGACGCACCACAUACCUUGCUUGACAAGAGAGCCAAAGCGACAAACAACUUUGGACCUAGCUCGAACCAUUGUCGGAUUGCACAAUCCUCGCGUUCCAACUUAUCUUGCCACCACCACCAGCCAGUCCCACCCAGGUUACGGUAGUCUGGUUUCGCCUGCCAACCCAACCCACCCACCACUGCGCGCCCACCCACACGCCAUACCCCAGCCUCCGUCCCGGUCGCCGCUUCCUCCAUCACAGGUGCAUCUUCCCUCGCAUCAGCCUUUCCCCGCCACCUUCCACUCCCCCUCCCCCAGCUGCCUCUUGCGCAGUAUCGACUCUCCUCCCCCCUCACGGCCAGACACCCCGACCGCUCGGGCGUGUUGUUUCUCAUCCCCAUACCCCCGAUCAUGAACCCCUCGCCCUCUCCACUCCAAGAUUCACCCAACCCAGAUCCAAUCACGUCCACCGAUGCGACUGUGAAGCUCGAUUCGGAAGGCGGCAAGAGUCCAGCCGGAGUCGUGACGCCGAACGGGGACCACAACGCGUCGCCCAACGCGAACGGUGCGGCUGACGGAGCAGCAAGCGAGCUAGGAAAGGCGACAGAGACGGCGGCAGCGCCGGCGGCGGAGGCGGCGGUGGCGCCCAGUGCUGGCGAGGUCGCCGCCUCAACGACUCGCCCCGAGGCGGACGACGCCACGCCUGAACCUGCGGCAUCCGCAAAUGCCAUUGACAUUGGAGACAAUGUCCCAGCAAGGGACGGCGAGGCUACACCUGCCAUCGGGUCACCAGCAGUCGUCUCGGCAACACUGGCCCGCGUCCCAACCCCAUCAUCACGAACGUCGACCCCUCCCCUUACGGCUGCGGCCACAAAGAAGAAGUUCAGCUCCGUCAGCGUCAACAAGGAGUUCCUUAGCAAGGCGGCCAGCCCCGUCCCUGCUCCGGCAAAGCUCGCUGCACCGAUUCAGAGCACUUCUUCCAAGCUUCUUUCUACAAAGCUUACGACUGUCCCCUCAUCGAAGCCAAGCGCAUCGCCAAAGCCGGCUGGUGCAGCUUCAACCACCGGGCCGAGCGUUGCCUCGCCAUGGGCAAAGCCGGCCCUGCCAGCCGGGGAACCAGCGCCAACUCCUUUACAGCACCCGGCGCCAACACGCGGACACAACCUCCCGAAUGUGGCCAUGGGCUCUGGACAUGGCCUGGGUAGCGCUGCGCGACGGGCGUGGGGACAUGUCGGAGGCGACGGAAGGAGAGGCGGCCCACCCCCACUGUCCAGAGAGUUCCCCACGGCCAAGGAAGUUGCCGAUGGCAAGCGGGUCGCGAUGCUCAAUGCUCAGGCAGUCGCUCAAGCCGAAGCAGCUCACAACCAGGCUAUCCUAGCGGGUCUGAACGAGUUUACCCAUCUUGAACCAAACGCUCAUCGAUGGGAUGAGGAGGAUGAGGACGACGAUGUUAUGGACUUUGGAGACGGCCAAACGUACAGCACGCGGGAAGACCGACGCUCUCCGGACACCAAGCAGGAUCAGCCAGUCACCAAGUCUGAACGAUUCGGAGAAGACUUUGAUCGCAGCUGGCCACGAAGCGCUCCCGCCGAGACUCGACCACCGCGUCAAGACUAUCCUCGUGCCUUGUUCAACGCGUCGUCCAACCGCCUCGAGUCUCAUCCUCGUCAAUCAUCAGCACCACAGUCGCAGCCACCCAAGCUCAUGUCUCGUGACGCGCCGCCCCACGCCGGCGCCGGCCCAGAGAGGCCGCUGCCACCACAUCUGGCCGAGAGGCCGCUGCCACCACACCUGGCUGGAUCGGCUGGAUCGGCCCCGCAACCCUCUCACCCACCUUCCUCCGGCCCCCCACCAUCGGCUCGCCCAUCAUGGCGUGGGCAGCCGGAGCGGCCGCCUCCUUUCGCGGGCCAUCGAGAGCAGGCAAGGCCUGAACACCACGAGCCUCCUCAUGUUGCUCAGCCUACGACCGGACUGCACAGGACAACGUCUGGUCAGGCCCAGCCACCUCCCCAGGUCUCGCCCGUGGUUUCAGCAAAGGGCCUUCCUUCCACCGAGCCGCCUUCAGAGCCUGUGGUUGCCGAGGUGCAAGCUGCAGAAAUGCACAGUGCGGCAGAGAAGGCACGGCUGCGCCGAAUGCAGGAGGAGGCGGAUCGUGAGGCGGCGGCGGAGCGAGCGCGCCAGAAAGCAAGGGAGCUUGCCGAACGGUUUGGCGACAAGUCGGCCUCCGUCACAUCGCCACCAACUACGGUCGCGGCGCUCCCCAAGCCACCUCCACCUCCCGGCCUGGGCAAGCCCCAGGUGACGAUUGCGUCUCGCCCACGACCAGAGCAGGCUGGCCCAGAGCGCCGUCCUUCUGUUGGUGUCGCUCAGCCGGCUCAACCUGCUCAGCCGGCACCUGAGACGGCGCCCACUGCGCCCGCAGACCGGGCGUCGUCCUGGCGCCGGUCGGCUCCUCUCCCCGAGCCCCAAGCCCAGCCCCAGGCCAAGCCGCGCCGUCCCAGUUCCAAUGCCGAUCAUCCUGCGGAGGGACUCCCCCGAGACAACCGCCGGCCACAGCGCGAGGCGCCCCCGCAUGCUGUUCGAGAUGGUCGUCUCCACCCUCCGCCUGGAUUGCCCGCGUUGCCUGCCGCACCCCGUGACGCGCCGCCACAUGUUCUCAGCGAGCAGACGGAAGCGCCGGCUCGAUUCAAGGGCGCCGACUACCCUACGGACGCCCUUACAGCCGCCGACAAGUUGUUACCCAAGAAGGAACCCAACUUUGACAACAUGUUGGCACGGCUGCAGGCUGCUAUGGCAAAGGCUCGCCGAACCCCUCCUUUAGCCGAUGGGAAUGGUCCGGACUCGGCUGUUGACGACUUUGCCCUCCCUCAGACCCCUCAGUCGGCGCCAGUCGUGGAGGCAGUGCCGGUGGUGAAGGUGGCCCCUCUCCCCGCCCCGCACCUCCCAUUCUUACCACCCGACUUCUUUGACGCGACUCAGAUCGAGCCACCUCGUUCGCCGCCACCAGCGUGGCGACAGUAUGCUGUCAAGUUGCCAAAGGACAACCGCCCUCUCGCCUCCAUCCCCCGUUGGAGACAAAGAGCGGCGGAGAACCAUCGGCACACGGCUGUCAGGGGUUGGGCCAUGUCAUUCGACCCUCCGAUCGAAGGGCUCCACUCCGGAUCGAUUUCCAUCUCCGACUUCCUUCUUCCUCAGCCCAUCGGCCGUCGCUUUGCAAAGCACAUUGACACCGGUCCCAUCGUCAGCAUCUCCCCUCGGUCCCUUCUUGCUUUCGAACGAAGGAAUAAGCGCCGGUCAACGCUCGAGUCGCGCAACGAUGGCGGACCUGUAUUGAAGGGGGCUUCGCACGCGCAGCCCUCUUUAGCAGAGCCGUCGCGAACGGAGCCACCUUUACUCAGCGCACCGGAACCUCUCUUGGCGAACCCUAUUCCGUCAAAGGAUGGACGGCGAUUCCUCGCCGGGGGCGACGGAGCGGUGGGGACUCGUCUCGUUGCCCCGCAGGUGUCUGCGGACAAACCUUCCGUGCGGUUCAUGGUGUCCAGCGAGCUCGACGCCGAGAGCCUUCUCAACGAAGUCAAUCAGGUCACUUUAGAAGGCAUGGGCGAAACCGACGACAAGCGUCAUACGAAGCUCGACGUCGGUUCUGUCAACCAAACCAAUCUCACCGUGCAGAAGCCUCGCACACCGCCCCCGACAGUUCCCUCGACUGUUCGAAACAUUCCCACAUCUCCAGCUGCUGCCUCUGGCCCAUGGAACAAGUCGACUUUGGGCUACCCUGUCACUUCGCCAGCACGCGACGUCUCGCAGCAUGACCACAUCAAGAGUGUGUGGGAGACCUCGGACGCGACGACGGCGCCAACCUCUGCGCCAAGCCAGCCCGAGACGCCCCUCUACCCUUCGCUCAGCACGCCAUCCGUCUCGAACGACGGUAGUGCGCAGGCUGUCAAGACGGGCUAUGGGCAGUCGUCGGCCUUUGCCGUGCGCUCCAACCAGGGAGGCGGCUAUGGGCAGUUUAUCAACUCUGGAACUGCCAGCCCAGAUGCUGGUAUGGCCGGGGGCAUGGCCGGAGGCAUGGGCUAUGGCAUAAUGGGACGGGGUGGCGCCACCGGCGCAGCGGCCAACGGUUUCCAGCAAGGAGUCUGGUCAUCCCCGUUCGGCACUUCCAUGGCCCAAUCCACCUAUGGCUACGGCGGCGCCGGGAAAGCCACGCUGGAUCAGAAGGGCUUUGCCGCCAAGGACGGUGCGGUGCCGUACGGCAACGAGUAUCGCUACUCGGUAUCGCAGGCGGCUGGAGCGUACCCGACUGCUACUGGAACCGGUGGCACUUACAACGGCUACCCGGCAGCAGCAUACAACGCUAGGAACCCUCAGAGCGUCUAUGGCCAGGUCGGCGGGUACGCGCACAACGGUUUUGCAUCACAGACGGGCUUCGGCACCCAGAUGGCCAACCCCCGAUCUGGCGCGGGCCGUGGUGCCUCGUCAUUCCAGAACGUCAACGGCGUCGAAUAUCAGGCCAUGUCUUACGACCCGAACGCUGCUGCCUCUGGUUACUACCCGGCAGGUGCGCAGCCCAACUACAGCCCCGGCUACAGCACCGGCGGGGUGCAGCAGCAGCAAGGUUCUCGCGGCGCAGUCAGCCGCAAGAUGUGGUAGGGGUAGUGUCCUGCCGACGGUAGCAUCGGGACCGCGGUGCAGAGUAGGCGUGUCGACAUCUGUUAGGAGCACAUAGUAGCAGCAGCAACGACAUCAGCAGCAGUAAAUCCCUCAAAACCUCAAUAAUAUCACCUCCAAAAACCUUUACCAUCUCUCUCUCUCUCUCGCUCCCUCCCUCUCCCUCCUUUCGAUUCUCUGUUAGUCCAACUGCAUCGUAGCCAGCCAGCGCCUUGGACACACAUCAUUACAGAGUGGGCGAGCCAUAGCAGUGUGAAAUCAAUCUUAUGAGCUCAUGCACCACAUUCCUGACCAGUGAAACAGGGCCUAGCCACGCGGAGGGGAGACGACGACUGGUGCCAAGCAAGAGUGAAGGCACACACGUUGAUUCGGACUUACGG